AUGAUCGAUCCAGAUGAGGCGAAGACAAAGUCUGACGAAGAUCUGUCGAAAAGGGAUAAGUUGACUAUCUUCGGUGAAUUCAGUGCCCGCCUCGGGACAAACUGCGCUGCCUGGAGGAAAGUGCUGGGUCCUCAAGGAAUCGCCGGCUGCAGCGGUUAUGAACUUUUUCUCGUACGGACCUGCGCUGAACACUGCCUCUUGCUGGCCAACACAUUUUUCUACCCACCGAUGCGGAGAAGACCCACCUGGAUGCACCCUCGAUUGCGGCGCUGGCAACUGCUGGACUAUGUGUUCGUUCGGAGGCAAGGUCGCUUGGGCGUGCUGAUGAUCAAGGCGAUCUGCGACGCCGAUGGCUGGGCGGACCACGGCCUCGCCAUCUUCAAGAUGGAACUCCGUUUGCAGGCCCACAGGAGACCACGAGGUAAGCAACCCCCGGGCAAGCUGAAUAUUACUCUGUUGUCGUUGCUUGCUCACCGUUUGUAUUUUAGUAAUCGACUGACCCAGCGGCUGGGAGACCUGCCAGCAGCCGAUGAAAAGGCCUCCGUGGAGACUCGAUGGUGCCGACUACGGGACGCUGUUCGCUCGACCGCCCUGGCUGUCCUCAGGUGCUCACGUCGCCAGCACCAGGAUAAGUUUGACGGAAAGGACGCAGUCAUCAGUAACCUGAUGGCCGAGAAGAACAGGCUGAACGGAUUUUGCCUAGACCGCCCAACCGAUGCGAACAAAGCGGCCUUCUACCAAUGUUGCCGCCUAGAGCAGGAACGGUUACAAGAAAUUCCGGACUGCAGGAUGACUCGCAAGGCCGAGGAGAUCAAGGGAUACGCCGAACGCAGCAACAUAAAAAAAUUUAUACGUUGCAAUCAAGGUGAUCUACGGCGCCCCGCCCUAAGGUACUGCACUGCUUCUUAGCUCCAAUGGAUCAAGACUUUAAGUAAGAAUUCGCAGAUCCUGAAGCGCUGGGCCGAACGCUUCUGAAACCUCCUCAACCAUCUGUCCACAAUCUCCGAUGCCGCCACCGACACGCUUCCCAAGUGGAAAUCAACGCCGGCCUGGACCUCCCACUCUCCCUUUCAGAAACCACUCGUGACGUGCAACAACUUUCCAGCGGAAAAGCGUCGGGCUCCGACGCAGUCCCAGUCGAAAUCUACAAGCACGUCAGCCACCCAUGAUAGACCAAUUCACGACGCUAUUUCAGGACAUGUGACGCUGUGGACAAGUUCCUAAGGACUUCAAGGACGUGACCAUUGUUCACCUCUACAGGCGCAACGACAACCAGCAAGUCUGUGACAAUCACAGAUGCAUCUCACCACUCAACAUCGCCGGGAAGAUCUUCGCCCGCACCCUUCUCAAUCGCCUGAACGGAUUUCUCGAGCAAGGCCUCCUCUCGGAAAGGUAA